AUGAUUCCGAGUCUGGCAGUAGACAAGCCAUUUGAAAAAACACCUUCAACUGCUACUUCGUCAACUUCAGAAUCUAAUGAUCUGGAUACUCUUGGGGAAUUAUCAUAUGCUGGACAGUUACCAUCUAACGAAGAAGAUGUAAUUCCCAACCAGGAUGAAGAUGAUGAAAGUAGCAACGAAGAAGAGGAAAAUACCUCCAAUUCUCUCCCCGAGUUUAAUAACAAGAGAAUUAUAUUACAGAGGUUCACUAUUUACAAUUCUUUGACAACGAUGUAUAUCGUGGGAAGCAAUGCAAAAGAAUCCUUGUUUAGAAUUCUUGAAAUCGGUAAAGACCAAAGUAAUGAGGAUCAAUUGGUAAUAUUAGAGGACAAGAGUUACUUUUACACGAGGAAGGACAUGGUUGAGCUACUCAAUGGAUUGGAUGAAAGCAUCGAGGCUGGUAUUCACAAGAUUGCUCAGGGUUAUGGACUAUUGGGUUUUAUAAAGUUCACCAAAGGAUACUAUUUAAGUAUCAUUACUAAGUGCAGUCAAGUUGCAGUUCUAGGUGGACAUUAUAUGUACCAUAUUGAUGAGACUAAAUUGAUUCCAUUGGAUUUUAACUAUAGGCGGCCAGAAAAAUACAGCGACGAAGAAAGGCUCUUGUCGAUUUUCAAAUACUUAGACUUGGGCAAGACAUUCUACUUUAGUUAUGCAUACGAUAUAACAAAUUCAUUGCAAACUAAUUUCAUGCGAAACAAAAGAGCAGCUACAGAAUAUAAAUUUGCAAAGGACAAUAUCAAAUUGAAAAACAAUGAGAACUUUAAUACAUUCGAGCAUAAUGAAAGAUUUGUUUGGAAUAACAUGCUUCUCAAACCAGUAUUACAAAACUCAGACACUGCAGCCUAUGAAUGGUUCCAACCUAUCAUUCAUGGAUUCAUCGAUCAAGCCAAGAUUUCAGUAUAUGGCAAAAAAUUCUACAUUACCAUCAUUGCUCGACGUUCACAUCAUUUUGCUGGAGCAAGAUUUCUCAAGAGAGGUGUUAAUGACCGUGGAAAUGUUGCCAAUGAGAUCGAAACUGAGCAAAUAGUUUCGGAUAUGUUGACAUCUUCCUUUCAUGAUCCGAAAUUUGGAUUCUACAAUAAUGCAAGAUACACUAGCUUUAUUCAACAUCGAGGAUCUAUCCCCUUGUAUUGGACGCAGGAUUUGAAUAAACUACCGAAACCACCUAUAGAAAUCAAUCUAUCUGAUCCCUUUUACCAGAGCUCAGCACUUCAUUUCAAUAAUCUAUUUCAAAGGUACGGACCGCCAAUUAUUAUUUUAAAUCUCAUCAAGACUAAAGAGAAGCAACCAAGAGAGCUGAGAUUAAACCAGCACUUUGCUAAUUGUAUAAAAUAUCUCAACCAGUUUUUGUCGGAGGAGCACAAACUACGAUUUCACUCUUUUGAUAUGUCAAGACAUUCCAAGAAAAACUUGGACGUUAUCGGUCCAUUGCAAAAAAUAGCUUCACAUUCUAUUAGAGAGAUUGGCUACUUUCACAAUGGACAUAAUUUGGCAAGUACUAAGUUGCAGAAGGGUAUAAUUAGAACCAACUGUAUUGACUGCCUUGAUAGAACUAACGCGGCGCAAUUCAUCAUUUGCAAGGAAGCCUUGACACACCAAUUAGAGGGCCUUGGGUUAAUCCCGAAAGACAAAACUUUGAAUUAUGAUUCAGAUCUAAUAAAUAUCCUAACGGAGAUCUUCCACGACCAUGGUGAUACGAUUGCAGUUCAAUAUGGUGGUUCCAAUUUGGUAAAUACCAUGGAUUCCUAUAGAAGAAUCAACCAAUGGUCUUCACAUACAAGGGAUAUUCUAAAUAGCGUUAAAAGAAUCUAUUCAAAUUCAUUUAUAGAUCUGAUCAGACAGGAAGCCAUAAAUUUGUUCUUGGGAAACUAUGUGUAUGCCCCAGAUAAGCCUAAAUUAUGGGAAUUGGAGAACGAUUUCUAUUUGCACAAUGAAAUGACAAUCGAUAACAUACGCAUAAAGACAAGCUAUGUGCAGUGGUUCAACAAAUUCUACUUGUCCAACUCCAGAUUUUCAUUCAAGGAUGAUCUUUUCAUUAAUCAUAAUAUGUACUGGGACCCCGAGUGGAGACUCGAACCGUUCCCUGAUUGCAAUGACAAUUGGUUUAAUGAAUGCUAUGUGCCUAGAAAAUUCCAAUCACUCAGUGAAGUUUUUCUGUAUAAUAUGAAUUCCAAUGCCCGCUAUUUUCCUUCUAAUAGCAAUCAACCAGGUAACGUUUUCGACUACAGUCCUUUUGAGUCACGCAAAUCUAAACAGGAAGAGCAAUAUGCAUUCUCAAAACCUAAAAGUGGAGAAUCAAAUAUAAGGUACCUAGAUGGAUGUUUUGAAGACGAUGUAAACCAUUUUCAAGGCGAAAAGAAUUACGAAGAAAAAAAAAUUGGAGCUAGAAUAGAGAACCGCGAUUUCAUGCACGAAAGUGCAUACUUGCAAAUGACAAAUCCGAAUAAGCUAAAGAGGUUCUUAACAAACAAAAUCGAAAAGUUUGCCUUGCAAAUUCUUAAAAUCGGCGAAGGCUUUGAAUUAAGAUCGCUCAAGCCAAUGUUUGAACCCAUUUUCAGCGAACAGGACUAUGAAUUAUAUCAAUCGCAAAUUGAAAUUCCUCGAUUGAUAACCACGAUUUCCAAAUCAAGUUAUGACAAGAAGCCAAAUGACUACGCAUUGAGUUCGGACAAUGAGGAAAUUUAUAAAUACUUUUCGGCUGUUAUAACAAAUACUAUUUCACUGGAGGAUAUCACAAGCAGCCAAUUGCCGUAUUUGAGAACAGAAGACUUUAAGCUAUAUUCAAAAUACACCAGAAUGGAGGAAGACAGGUAUUUGCAUCUAAAUACAGAAGACGACUACUUUAAAUAA